GGGUGCAUUCGGCAACGGACCAGCUGUCAUGGCGCCUCAGUGUUGUGUGCCCAAAUGUGCGUCCUCAAAGAGAAAAAAUCCUACCGUGGACAGACUUUCCACCGUUUCCCCAAAGAGCAGGCACUUCGCCGUGAAUGGAUAAAUCACGUCAAGAGGGAUCCUGGUCCAUAUUUCAAGAUCAACGCUGAGACCAAGGUUUGCUCUGAGCACUUUGAGAAGCAGUGUUUUGUAAAGACCGCCCGUGGUAUCACAGAGCUUAUAAAGGAUGCUGUGGCAACUUUGUUCGCCUGGACUUCAGAGAGGCCAAAGAGGAGAAUCAUCAUUCGCAGACCGAGUACAGAUUCCAUGGAGGUGGAUGAAAACCAGCCUGAUGUGAGAAGGGAUGCCUUGAGUGUUGUCUUGUUGUCCCUCCAGCACAGAUGUACCUCCUCCACAGCCAUACCAUGAUUAUGCUGUUCCACCGCUGACACCAGAGGGACAACUUGAGGCGGCACGCAAGCACAUCAUAGAGCAAGACAAGUUAAUAGCACAACUUAAAGGGACACUGUGUGAGAUUUUUAUUUGUUUAUUUCCAGAAUGCAUGCUGCCCAUUCACUAAUGUUAACUUUUUCAUGAAUACUUACCACCAGCAUCAAAUUCUAAGUAUUCAUUAUGACUAAAAUUGCACUUUUCAUACAUUAAAAGGGGGAUCUUCUCCAUGGUCCGUCAUUUUGAAUUUCCAAAAAUAGCCAUUUUUAGCUGCAAAAAUGACUGUACUUGGACCAUAUUUGAAAAUAUUUGUUUAUUACUUUCAUGUAAAGAUCAACUUUGGCAAUAGGCAGCCCA